GAGCAACCCGGACACAUUUUUAAGACGGACUCGAGACAAACGCGGAGUCGACGCUGGAGGGAGAUUUGAGGCACGCAUGGACAUCGGUCGGCCUCGAAACUUCUCGAGCAAUUUUGUUGGCAGAUUAUUUCUUGCUUUAUCGUUUCGCGACGUCUUCUCAUCAUGGAGGCAGACAGUGACAUCAAAACUACGUCCACAGGCUUUCAUUGCACUCUGUGCAAUGUGAAAGUACCAAACGUGCCAAGCUUGGAUCAGCAUGUCAAAGGGCGGAAACACCAGACGCUGAGCACUGUGCGGGCCACCAGGAAGACCCAGGAGGAGCACAGUGUGUUUGUCAGUGGCAUCAAGCCCGACAUCUCCCAGACUGACGUAACUGAGUAUUUCCAGCAGUUUGGGCCUGUCUCAGAUGUCAUCAUGGAUAAAGACAAGGGUGUGUACGCCAUCGUGCAGUUCAGUGACACUGACAGCAUACAAGCAGCCCUGUCCUGUGUUGAGCAUUGGAUGAAAGGCUUGAAGCUGCGUGUCAAACCCCGCGAAAAGAAGGAUUUCAAGUUGAUUCCCAAGAAGAAGAAUGACUUCCAGAACCUCCAACAACUACUCGAUUGUCUCAAACCUCAGCUGUGUCAGUUGGCAUCUGUGGAUGCACAGAUGCAGUACAUUGUAGAGCAAUGCCAGCUGGGAGAAAAUGAAAAGAAGGCCAGGGGCUUGUUGGUUCAACUCCUGCAAGAGGUUUUUGUGGAGUUUUUCCCAGACAGCAAGAUUCUGCCCUUUGGUUCGUCUGUCAACAGUUUUGGCAUCCACUCCUGUGAUUUAGACCUGUUCCUCGACCUGGAAAACACCAAGGUUUUCCAAGCCCGUGCCAGGUUCACCAUAGAACAGACAGGGGAAGGCACGUCAGACGAUGGCCACUCUGAAGACUCCAUCCUGUCUGACAUUGACCUGUCCACUGCCUCGCCAGCCGAGGUCCUGGAACUUGUGGCAGUAAUCCUUAGACGCUGUGUCCCCAGCGUGCACAAGGUUCACGUUGUCAGCACCGCUCGUCUGCCUGUGGUCAAGUUCCAGCACCGCGAGCUUAACCUGCAGGGGGACAUCACCAUCAACAACAGAUUAGCAGUAAGGAACACUCGCUUCCUCCAGCUGUGUUCAGGGAUGGACGACAGGCUGAGGCCUCUGGCGUACACCAUCCGCUACUGGGCCAAGCAGAAGCAGCUGGCUGGUAACCCCAGUGGUAGCGGACCCCUGCUCAACAACUACGCUCUGACGCUGCUGAUCAUCUUCUUCCUGCAGAACUGCGAGCCUCCUGUCCUCCCCACAGUGGACCAGCUCAAAGACAUGGCCUGUGAGGAAGAAGAGUGUGUGAUUGAGGGCUGGAACUGCACCUUCCCCAGUCAGCCUAUUGCUGUGCCCCCCAGUAAGAAUACACAGGACCUGUGCACACUUCUUGCUGGCUUCUUCUCAUUCUAUGCUAAAUUUGAUUUUGCCAGUCGUGUUAUAUCUGUCAGGAAGGGGCGUGCACUCCCAAUCACCGAUCUCCUCAGCCAGAAUAAAGAGGAGGAGGCCAUGCAAGAGGAACAGCCCUCCAAGACCCCUCACCAUGGUCCCAAAAUGGGCCCCCUAAACCUCUUAGACCCCUUUGAGCUCUCCCACAAUGUAGCUGGAAACCUGAAUGAACGUUCUCAGCGAAGCUUCCAGAGGGAGUGCCAGGAGGCUGAGAAAUACUGCCGCAGCCUGCAGUACCAGCGCAAAUCCACCAAGGGGAGGUCAUGGGGCCUGGUGCGAUUGCUCACCCCCCAUGGGGAUCUCCCACACACCAAAACAGAGCAGCUGACCAUCAGCAUUCCCUUCAAAUCAGCUUUGCUCCCUCAAGUGCUGCUUAAUCAAAUGCACAUGGCAGGAGAUGGUUUCCGGCUGCUGUGGUUUCAGAAGGUUUGCUCUGCUGUGCAGGGAGUCUUCCAAAGUAUUCUCAGCUGUCACCUUGCUACCUCCGCAGACGCUGUCUUUGGUGAGGAUUCGGCUGUGGAUGUUGCAGAGGAAAUGGAAACUCCCUCAACUUCCCUCAACACAUCUGCAAAUGACAGCUGUGACAGUAUUGAACCCCAAAACGAAGCCAGUCCUCUGGGUACAGCUGUGGUCGGUGCCAAGAGGCCACUGUCCUCUGGCAGUGACCCUUCUGUGUCGCCUCAAGGCAAAAAGCCAAGACUGGCAAGAAGGGGCAAGCCUGAAUUACCUCACUGGGUCUAUGUGCAAAAGCAUUUAGUGUGGGCCGGCAGGAGGAAAGUGAGAAGGGAGCUGAACAAGACCACAGACUCGAGACCAGAGGGCAGCUGCAUGGAGCUGGAAUCCCAGGUCACAGCUCACAUCAUUGAAAAAGAACCAGAGCUCAAGGAGCCCCUGGAGUUCAAGGUUCAGCCCCAGGUGGUGGGUGGGACAGAAAGCACAAGAGCAGUGCUCACAUUGGAGCCAACCAGCGACAAGACAGGAGUUUUUCAUGAUUUCUUUCAUUUCCUGGAAGCCUUCUUACCAAAGAUGGUGGAGACAUUGCUAGAGAAAAGUGUAGAAAAUGCUUAAAAUGGACCUGAUCUCCACAUGUUUUUCCUUUUUUAAUUCUAAAGAUUUUCUUUGAGUUAAAGAUGCUAUUACAGCUACUUGUAUUAACCCUUGAGAGUGGGGCAUGACAGUUACUGUGGCUUUAUUUUGAUAAGGAAUAGAUCAUUACAUUUGUAAAUAUGGGUUUUGUCAAAAUGUGAAGUUUGUAAUAUUUUUAUGUAGGUUGUAUAUUUAUGGUCAUGACUUUGUUUCAGAAUAAUAUUCCAUGACAAAGCCUACUUUUUGUGUUGAAGACGUUACUUGAGUGAGUUUGUUUAAAAUAUUGCUUUUUAAUGUCGAAGCCCUAGAGGGAAGAUUCAGUGGCAGACAUUUGGUGAAAACAGCAUGUCAUGCUGUCUUUGAAUGAAUAAAAAAAACAUUUUGUAAAACGUA